AAGCUGUAAGCAAGUGACGUGUAAGUCGGCGAUUACAGUUAGUGAAUCGCCUAUUGUUCUAAGGUAAUAUUAGAGUGAGCUGGAUUUAGUAGAAUUAAAACCUAUCCAAUAAUGCAGUUGGUAUAUGCAUUUGUCAGCAUUUUUUUGCUAUUUUUAUGCCGAGCGAACGCGUUUUAUUCUCCCUCCGAUAAUGUUGUGGAGCUUACGCCAUCUAACUUCAAUCGCGAGGUAGUGCAAGACGAUGCCGUAUGGAUUGUGGAAUUCUAUGCGCCUUGGUGCGGCCACUGCCAGACGCUGGCGCCAGAGUACAAGAAAUUGGCCGGUGCAGUGAAGGGUGUAAUCAAAGUGGGUUCGGUUAAUGCAGAUGAACAUUCGGAAUUGAGCAGCAAAUACAACGUACGUGGCUUUCCCACAAUCAAAAUCUUUGGCGCCAACAAAAAAACGCCCAUCGAUUACAGUGGCCAACGCACAGCGAAUGCAAUUGCCGACGCAGCUCUCGCUGAGGCAAAGAAGAAGGUUCAAGCUGCUUUCGGUGGCGGUGGCAGCGGCAGCGGCAGCAAGAGUGGUUCCUCAAGCUCUGGUGAUGACGUCAUUGAACUCACUGAAGAUAACUUUGACAAACUUGUUCUAAACUCUGAUGAUAUUUGGCUAGUGGAAUUCUUUGCGCCUUGGUGCGGUCAUUGCAAGAAUCUGGCUCCAGAGUGGGCCAAGGCAGCGAAGGAGCUGAAGGGAAAAGUGAAGCUUGGCGCCUUGGAUGCCACAGCUCAUCAGAGCAAGGCAUCUGAGUAUAAUGUGCGUGGCUAUCCCACCAUCAAGUUCUUCCCAGCCGGCUCGAAGCGGGCCAGUGAUGCUGAGGAGUACAAUGGUGGACGCACUGCCUCCGAUAUAAUUAGCUGGGCCAGUGACAAGCAUACAGAAAAUGUGCCCGCGCCGGAACUGGUCGAGAUAACGGACGAGUCCACUUUUAACACUGCUUGCGAGGGCAAGCCCUUAUGCGUUGUCUCUGUGCUGCCUCAUAUUCUCGACUGCGAUGCCAAUUGUCGCAACAAAUUCCUGGACACCUUGCGUACCUUGGGCGAGAAAUUCAAGCAGAAGCUUUGGGGCUGGACCUGGGCGGAGGGUGGUCAGCAGCCAGCGUUAGAAGAGUCCUUGGAAGUUGGCGGCUUUGGCUAUCCGGCAAUGGCAGUUGUGAACUUUAAGAAGAUGAAAUUUUCGGUGCUCAAAGGCUCCUUCUCCAAGGAUGGCAUCAAUGAAUUCCUACGCGACAUAUCCUACGGUCGUGGCCAGACUUCGCCAGUGCGCGGCGCCAAGAAACCAGAGAUCGUUAGCGUCGACGCUUGGGAUGGAAAGAAUGGACAGCUGCCCACCGAGGAGGACAUCGAUCUGAGCGACGUUGACUUAGACGACGAUGUCAAGGAUGAACUGUAAUAACUUAACACCAAAAAACCGUAUCUUCAAGCUCAACUCUUCCUCGAUUUUGAGUUCAACUAAUCUUUACUAAUACUAAGUCAGACUGCUUAACUAAAUAUUAGCAUUUUCUACUAUUUGUAAAAAAAAAAAGAAAAAGAAAACUGAAAAAAACUACGCCAAGAAUAAACUUUCCAUAAUUUAAAAGCAUU